AUGUCACAUUGCGGAACAAAAGUGGACAAUAUUCCCGAUCUGAGUACAUGUAUGCAGGGUGCCAUGGAAAGACCCUGCAUAUAUGCACUCAGAUCGGAAACUUUGUUCACGAUGUCACAUCGUGGAACAAAAGUGGACAAUAUUCCCGAUCUGAGUACAUGUAUGCAGGGUGCCAUGGAAAGACCCUGCAUAUAUGCACUCAGAUCGGAAACUUUGUUCACGAUGUCACAUCGUGGAACAAAAGUGGACAAUAUUCCCGAUCUGAGUACAUGUAUGCAGGGUGCCAUGGAAAGACCCUGCAUAUAUGCACUCAGAUCGGAAACUUUGUUCACGAUGUCACAUCGUGGAACAAAAGUGGACAAUAUUCCCGAUCUGAGUACAUGUAUGCAGGGUGCCAUGGAAAGACCCUGCAUAUAUGCACUCAGAUCGGAAACUUUGUUCACGAUGUCACAUCGUGGAACAAAAGUGGACAAUAUUCCCGAUCUGAGUACAUGUAUGCAGGGUGCCAUGGAAAGACCCUGCAUAUAUGCACUCAGAUCGGAAACUUUGUUCACGAUGUCACAUCGUGGAACAAAAGUGGACAAUAUUCCCGAUCUGAGUACAUGUAUGCAGGGUGCCAUGGAAAGACCCUGCAUAUAUGCACUCAGAUCGGAAACUUUGUUCACGAUGUCACAUCGUGGAACAAAAGUGGACAAUAUUCCCGAUCUGAGUACAUGUAUGCAGGGUGCCAUGGAAAGACCCUGCAUAUAUGCACUCAGAUCGGAAACUUUGUUCACGAUGUCACAUUGCGGAACAAAAGUGAGAGCAAACCGAACAUUUUAA